AAAUGUUCCUGAAGCCUGCUAUUGGUCCGGACGGCCCCCAUGCUAACCAGGGGCGGCCCACAGAAGCUUCCAGCAUCUGCCCCUAACUCCUGCCCAGACUCGCACAUCCAAGGGCAGAUCUGGUUGGCACUCACUUCUUAUCACAAUUGGCCUGUGCCCAUGGGGGACCACAGGCUGCUGAGAUGGCUGCUCCUGGUGGUGGUGGUGGUGGUGGUGGUGUUGUUUCUGCUUGUGACCACGAUCAUCUUCGCUGUCCAGGCCAACAGCAAGGCCUGCAAGGAUGGCCUCCGAGCAGAGCAGGAGUGUCGCAACGGCACCCACUUUCUGGAGCACCAGCUAAGGCGGGCCCAGGAAGUCUUACGGGGGACUGAGACCCAGGCUGCCAUCUGCAAUCAGACUGUGGUGACCCUGAGGGCUUCCCUGGAGAUGGCGAAGGCUGACAGGCGGGAGCAGCUGGCCCGAGUGCAGGAGCUUGAGGGAGACACGGCGGCUUUGAAGCAGCAGUUGCAGAACGCUCUGGCGGAGGUGGAACGACUACGACAAAGGAAUGAUGGGGCCUCAGGUGGGAACAACGACCCUGCCAGCUCGGCGAACGCCCUCAGCCCCUUGGUGGCCGCUGUGUUCCUGCCCCUGGGCCUCUGGGAUCUGCAGGCCUGAGGUCCCAGGAAGCCGCCGUCACAACCUGGAUUGGUCCGGUUCCCCUGCCUUCCAGACUUCCCUGACCUGGCGGUUCCAGGAGCACUGCAGGCUGCUGGGGGGAGGGGCAGGGGGAUGGAGUAGCAGUGGGGGGCCAUGAAGCAUUGCUGGGGGGACCAUGGGGCAGCGUUGGGGGGUAGAGAAGCAGCAGAGUUGGCCCAGGGCUGCCCCCCACCAGACCCCAGAGCUGGGCAGGGCAUAGGGUGCCUUCUUGCUUCUUGCUGUCACGGUUUCUGGAAGGUCACUUUGUUCUGGGGUCUUUGGGCUCCAAAAAAGUAAACACCCCUUUUGGCGGAAAGACCUUA